GGGGUCACGCAUCCACCGGCCUGGGUGAAAGUGCGGCUGGGCAGGCUGAGGCUGGAGCGGAGAGCAGAGUGGCGAUGCUGUCCGGCCGGGUCUCGUCGCGUCUGGCGAGCCAGAGAACCUCAAGCCGACGUGAAGAGGAUCCCCGGGCCGCCUGAAGCCCCGCGUAGGAGGACGAGGAGGCAGCCAGCGUGCGGGGCAGUGUGCAUCAUGGAGAGCUAUGAGGAGUUUGUAAGCCAAGCCCUGGCCAGGAUCUCCUUCCAAGCGCCGUACGACCCGGUAGAGAGGAGCCCAGGAGAGAGGUGUCUCGGAGAAUGGCGUCCAACUCCGACGAAAUCGACCGUACAAUUCCUGGGGAUUCCCAUUCUGCCCCCGCUGCUGAGUUCAGAAAGCAGGCACACCAUGCGGAACCUUCGAGCUUCAGCCCUCGGCGUUCAGAGACGCAGAACGCGCGAUCAGCGGUCGCCCAGGGAGAACGUGUGCAGGGUUUUCAUCUCCGCCAAGGAGAACGUCAAAUCGCAGAAGAGUAGCCAUUUAAACGACGUGGCUUGUGCCAAAUACGAUGAACGAGCAUCGCACGCAGAAGACAGAUUGCACACGCACGUCGAUAAUGAAGAGAAAGAGUCACCUGCGAAGGAAACGUUGCAACAAAGCCACAGAAAACAAAAUGAAGAUGAGCACCACGACACCUCACCCGCUGAGAUCAAACUUAGUUUGAGCCAUGAGGAGUCAAAGGACAGAAGGUUAAAACCCACCCAGGACUCGGCCACCGCACGCAGCAGCAACUACAACAACAGCAGUAGAGGCAACAAAGUCGGCAGCAGCAAUAGCAACAUCAGCAGCAGCACCACUGCAAAUUCACAACACAGUUUAAGGCGGCCUCAAACCAUAUCAUUUGCCAAGAACUGGACAUGCGAGCCUGGUCGCUCCAACUCGGAGGAGGGGCUGCCCCCGAACAAGCGCAGUGUCUCGCGCUUGAGCUCCAGCAGCAGUGGCUCCAGCAGCUCCUACAGCUGCCUGCCGAGCCCCAAGAUGAGCGGCAGCCCCUGUCCUGCCCUCGCGAGUCGUCCCGGCAAGGGCAAGAUGCUGCACGGAGACCGCUUUUCUCCACUGAACUGCUCGUACAACGUGGACGAGCCAUCGCCCGUGCUGCUAGCCAGUCGCUUGCGGGAAGUGGCGGGCGAUGGAGAAUCGGGGCGGCCCAGCUCCUGCCGAUCUUGCUCGGAUGCAGAGGUGAAACGCAGGCUGGAGUUUGGCGGCACUGCGUUGAACGGAGGCAAUGAUGGUAAUGGUAUCGGUGGUGGCCGGUGGCCAGUGAGCCAACACAGCAAUGGGAAUGCACGCGCCCCGCCAACGCAAACAACGCCCAGAUCAGCCUCAGGGAAGGUCACGUGCGCUGCAACCCCACCAUGGAAGCAGGAAUCGCUGAGCGCGUGGCCUCACUCGCAGGGAGGCCCCAUGCACUACUCGGCGAGGCUGGAGCCUCCUCCGACCUUCAGGGCCCUCCUGGCCAGGGCCGCCGACAGCCCCGGCUUGCGCCGAGCGAUUGAGGUCGUCACUGCCGUCGGGAAAGGAUUCCUGACGCGAAGACUCAUGCGGACAGAGAAGCUGCAGCACCUGAAGCAGACCGUGCUGGAUACGACGCAACUUCUGCAGUCGGUGCAGAGGGAAAGCCGGAUGAAGAACGGCAUCCUCUCCUCCCAAGACGCCACCCUGGAAACCAGACUUAAUGCCCAGCUCCGAGCAGCACUCACGGAGAUACACGAGAUCUUCCACGGCGCCGCAGGGUCCGUGAGAGCGCGCAUUCUGCACAGGGACCGCGAGCUGCAGAAGGAGAGGAGGCUCAGGGAAUUGGAAAAGGGCAAAGGUCAACUCAGCAAGGGGCCAGCCUCGCAGAGGCCACCACUCGAGAGGAGCCGCCAACAGACGAAACCUGUUGUGAGCAGACCUACGAAACCCGCCACUGCCAAUCAACAAAAGGUGGUCCGGGGAAGAAGUGGAGAAAGGAGACCAAAUACGGGCAUUUCCAGAAUGCGCAACUUCGUUUACUGAAAAUCAUCUCGCACCGCACACCUCCCUUGAGUCUGGAUACAGACAUUGCGGCAAUAGCGAAGGCACGACACCAUCAGCCUGUUUACAACACAAGACAACAUAGGUGUAAAUGCAACACACCUCAAUAUUCUGUACAGAAACAGAGGACAUGUUUAUUAGAGGGAAGCAAAUCGGCCAUAGAAGAAAAACAAGGCACCGAGAUUGGACUUGAAUGGGGGCAGGCAGUUGAUACCACAAUAAACUUCAGGGAGUUCCAGACGAUGGGCGCAACGGAGAGAAUAAGCGACUUCCAACUGAGUGAAUGUUGACUGGGGGCUUCGACAGAAAACGUUGACACUCGAACCAACACCGAGCACCAGCCUGCGUGCCCAUAGGAUAUCGACAUGACUUUAGGCCAGCUGCUCAAAGAGAAUGCACAUUUUGUCGGCCGUGCAGGCCCGUUGCCACGUUCACCUUUCAACUGAACGACAGUAAUCACUCAUCCGGAAAUCCCUACACGCACACAAACACAGCAUCGGUGAGUUUAACACGUAGGCUUUCGCGACCGAUAUUAUUCAUUAAGGUGUUUGGGUUAGAUUGCGUGAAUGUCGUAAAUCUUGUCG